UGAAAGAUGCUCUAUCUUGUCCAUUUCUCAGUCUCUUUGCAUUUUUAACUGUAAGAGUACCUCUGUGUAGUUACCAACGUAACAGUCACUUCAAGAUUAUCACCACACCGCAAUCAUCUCCAAAUUCUGGAAGCCAAGUGCCAACAAUGAAAGAAGCCAGGACUCAAGCGACGGUCCAUGUCGGGAUUGACUCAUUGUGGAAGUGUUUGUCCAAGGAUCUGCUCUCUAUCCUUCCACAGGUCACGCCAAAUUUAGUGCAGAAUGCAGAGAUCAUUGAAGGAGAUGGCGGCCUUGGUUCAAUCCUUCUUUUAACUUUUGGCCCUGAUGUGCCGAAAAUGAAGUACCAGAAGGAGAAGAUCGUGGAACUCGACGAGUCUUUGCAUCGAAUUGGGUUACAAGUAAUAGAAGGGGGUCACCUUGAUCUUGGCUUCACCUUUUACAAAGUUUCAAAUCAACUUACAACAAUUUCAGAGAAGCAGACACUGGUGGAUGUCAUGGUUGCAUAUGAAUGUGAGACAGAAGAAACAGUCUUGCCCUCAGAAACAACAGCAUCUGCACUUGCAUGGAUCAAGGGCCUUGAGAACUAUUUGUUGAGUACUGAUACUAUAUAGAGUUAGACCUCUCACGGUUCAUCUCCGAUUUAGAAAAGAGUAAGGAUAAUAUUAUAGCACGUCGAAAGAGGUGAAUCAAAGCAUAUUCGAUCCUAUCUGCAUCAGAAUUGGUGUGUAUUUUCCUGUGAAUACUUACGUGAUUGAAUUUGUCAUUCAGUUUUGUAUCAA